AUGAAGGUGACAAGCUUGACAGUCGGCACUAUUGCAGCUGUGUCUGCUGUUGCUUCGGCGUCGAGAGGCCAGAAGCAGCACGGUGACGGCAAGACGACAACGAUUACGACGACGACCGGGACGCACAAGUGGGGCAAGUUCAACCAUACGAGCAGAACCCACGCGCCCAAGGAGACCGGUACCCACAAAUGGGGCAAGUUCAACCACACGAGUAGAACUCAUGCUCCUAAGGAGACCGGUACUCACAAGUGGGGUAAGUUCAACCAUACGAGCAGAACCCACGCUCCCAAGGAAACCGGUACCCACAAGUGGGGAAAGUUCAACCAUACCAGCAGAACCCAUGCUCCUAAGGAGACCGGUACCCACAAGUGGGGUAAGUUCAACCAUACGAGCAGAACCCACGCUCCUAAGGAGACUGGUACCCACAAGUGGGGCAGAUUCAACAAGACUCACAACCCAACUUCGACUGUGAUCGCCAAGAACGUGGCCGCCAACGCGGCUGCUCCUGCGGCCGGCUUCGAUGCCGCCCAUAAGGUUUUGGGUAUGACCGUUGGCUCUGCCGCUCUUGUUGGCGCUUUGAUGCUGUUAUAA